ACAAACAACCUUAACAUCUCCACCUCUCAAACUCUCCUACCCAUUCCUCACCUUAACCUCCUAAUCUUCUUCCAUGGGAAACUCCCUUAUUUCGCCCUGCUUCCUCCCCAACUCCACCAAAAACUCUACCGUGAAACUCAUCUUCUGGGGAGGCGCCACCCACCUCCUCUCCGGCCGCCACCUCGCCGCCGAACUUCUCUCCAACUUCCCCAACUGCUCCAUCUGCCACGCCGACUCUUUCUUCAUCGGCCACCCCAUCCCCACCCUCUCCUUCUCCGACGAACUACUCCUCGGCGAGACCUACUUCAUCCUCCCCACCGACCUCCUCCCCUUCGACACCCUCACUGCAAACUCCCUCGCCCUUCUCAACGGCGGCAAGCGGUGUCCGCCACCACCGAAGGCUAAGUUUCCAUUCGAGUAUGUGAAGAGGGAAGAUGGGAGGAAGGCUGUGAAAGUAGUUCCGGAGUUCAUCAUGGAGAUGAUCACCGUUGAUGAUAGAGGCGGAGAGGCACUGGUCAAUGAAGAGAUAUGCAGCACGCCGGAGCUUAAAAGGCAUUAUGAGCAGCUAGUGGUUGGGAAUAGGCUCUCAUGGUCACCGAAGCUGGAGACUAUAAGUGAGAGAAAGGUGAGAUCGUCUCCUUGCAGAUUCUUCGGUUUGGAUAACAGAUAGAGAGACACAGAGAGAGAGAGAGAGAGAGAGAGAGAGAAAGUAUGUGUUGUAUUUUUGGAUAAAAUCUUUAGGUUUUGAUAUUAAUUGAUUUGCUCUUCCAUUAUUUGAUUUCAGCAGGUUAA